CUCCUCCCCUGCCCCGCCCCCUGGUCCGGCCUCGCCUUCUCCCCGCGCGGGACGAUGAGGCUAAACGGGACCCCUGAGGCAGCGCCGCUGCGGUUACCGGGUUGCGAGUAGGACCGUGCGAGCCUCCGCAGUUAAAAAAUGGCAGAAACAACCAGUUCUCCACUGAAGCACUUUGUGUUGGCUAAAAAGACAAUUACAGCCAUCUUUGACCAGCUACUGGAGUACGUCACCGAAGCCACAAAUUUUGUUGAAGACACAUAUAAGAAUCCAGAACUUGAACACAUAGCCACUGAGGAUGAUCUGGCGGAAAUACAGGCCUAUAAAAAUAAGUUAUCAGUCAUUGGUGAGGUGCUGUCCCGAAGACACAUGAAAGUGGCAUUUUUUGGCAGGACGAGCAGUGGCAAGAGUUCUGUCAUCAAUGCGAUGUUAUGGGACAAAGUUCUUCCCAGUGGCAUUGGCCACACGACAAACUGCUUCCUGAGUGUAGAAGGGACAGACGGGGAUAAAGCCUAUCUGAUGACCGAAGGAUCAGAUGAGAAGAAAAGUGUCAAGACUGUGAAUCAACUGGCCCAUGCUCUUCAUAUGGACAAAGACCUGCAAGCUGGCUGUCUUGUACAUGUAUUUUGGCCGAAGGCAAAGUGUGCACUAUUGAGGGAUGACUUGGUUUUAGUAGACAGCCCAGGCACAGAUGUCACCACAGAGCUGGAUAGCUGGAUUGAUAAAUUUUGUUUAGAUGCUGAUGUCUUCGUUUUGGUAGCAAAUUCAGAAUCAACAUUAAUGAACACGGAAAAACACUUUUUUCACAAGGUGAAUGAGCGACUUUCCAAGCCUAAUAUCUUUAUCUUGAAUAACCGUUGGGAUGCCUCUGCCUCAGAACCAGAAUAUAUGGAAGACGUGCGUCGGCAGCACAUGGAGCGUUGCCUGAAUUUCUUGGUGGAAGAGCUCAAAGUUGUGGAUCCCUCUGAAGCACAGAAUCGCAUCUUUUUUGUUUCAGCAAAGGAAGUUCUCAGCGCCCGGAAGCAAAAGGCACAAGGGAUGCCUGAGGGAGGUGGAGCACUUGCUGAAGGAUUUCAGACAAGGUUCCAGGAGUUUCAGAACUUUGAACAAAUUUUUGAGGAGUGUAUCUCGCAGUCAGCAGUGAAAACAAAGUUUGAACAGCACACUAUCAGAGCUAAACAGAUAAUAGAUACUGUGAAAAACAUAAUGGAUGCAAUAAACGUGGCAGCCGCAGAAAAAAGGAUUUAUUCCUUGGAAGAGAGGGAGGACCAGACUGACAGAUUGGACUUUAUUAGAAACCAGAUGAACCUUUUAACACAAGAUGUCAAGAAAAAAAUCAAAGAGGUUACUGCAGAGGUAGAGAACAAGGUUUCAUGUGCUAUGACAGAUGAAAUUUGUCGCCUGUCCGUUUUGGUUGAUGAGUUUUGUUCCGACUUCCAUCCUUCUCCAAGUGUGCUCAAAGUGUAUAAAACUGAACUAAACAAGCACAUAGAAGAUGGUAUGGGAAGAAAUUUGGCCGAUCGCUGUUCCAGUGAAGUCAAUGCAUCAAUGCACCAAUCACAGCAGGAAAUGAUCGAAAAUUUGAAGCCAUUGCUUCCUGCCGGUAUACAGAAUAAGCUCCAUGUAUUAAUCCCUUGUAAGAAAUUUGAUCUCAGCUAUGACCUGAAUUGUCAUAAGUUGUGUUCUGACUUUCAAGAAGAUAUUGUAUUUCGUUUUUCCUUGGGGUGGUCAUCCCUGGUUAGCCGGUUCUUGGGCCCUACAAAUGCCCAGAGGGUGCUCUUAGGAUUAUCAGAGCCCAUCUUACAGGUGCCUCGAUCUAUCGCUUCUACUCCCUCUGCUCCUCCUAAUCCUGCAACACCAGAUCUUGUGUCUCAGGAAGAACUGAUGGUUAACAUAGUAGCAGGCUUAGCAUCUUUAACUUCAAGGACUUCAAUGGGCAUCAUUGUUGUUGGAGGAGUGAUUUGGAGAACAGUGGGCUGGAAACUGAUAACGAUUUCCCUCAGUAUGUAUGGAGCUUUGUAUCUUUAUGAACGACUGAGUUGGACCACUCGAGCAAAAGAGAAAGCCUUCAAGCAGCAGUUUGUCAACUAUGCAAGUGAAAAACUCCAGAUGAUUGUUAGCUUCACGAGUGCUAAUUGCAGCCAUCAAGUACAGCAGGAAAUGGCUACAACUUUUGCUCGUCUGUGUCAGCAAGUCGAUGUUACCCAGAAACAGCUGGAAGAAGAAAUUUCUAGGCUGUCCAAAGAAAUAGACCAUUUGGAGAAAAUACAAAACAAUUCCAAACUUUUAAGAAAUAAAGCAAUUCGACUAGAAAACGACCUGGAGAAUUUUACGAAGCAGUUUCUCCAUCCAAGCAAGUAGAAGAAUCUCAGCAGAUGGCUCUGGUUGUACCAGAGGAAAGGCAGGACUUUGUUGAUUUCCGUGAAAAGUGAUUCUAAAUAUGAAUUAUAUUGACUUUUCCUUGUUGAAAAUUGCAAAUCUGGGUUUAGAUUCUGGCACUGAACUAUCUCAAGGUGUUUGCGUUUCUUAACAAUGGUUACAUGGUAUGUUUGUGUUCUUAGUUGUAAUGGGGGGAGGAGGGGUAAAGCACCAGAUCUUUUGCUGAUUUAAAAUAAUGAAAUUGUGAAGGGAAGUACAACUGAUUGUGAGAAAUGUCUGAGGAAUGGGCUCUUGAGCUCCUAAAUAGGGUUUCUGAAAACCCUGCUUCCUGGCAUCCAGGAAUUAGAAAGGCCAUUUCAGCCCCAUUUUUUCCAGAAUAAUUUUUUUCUUUUAUCGAGUGAGAAUAACCAAUCUUUUAUCUUUAAAAAAAAUACUCUUUAUUUAUGCAAAUAGAAAUUAUUUUUGUCACUGGGCAGGUAAGCAUAUAACAUUAAUGCGCUUUUCACUAUUGCCCAUUACAACUACCUAGUCACAUCACAGGCCUUUCAUUGAAUUGUCAUUCACUUCAAACAGGAUUUGUGGGUAAUAGGGAUCUCACCUGCCUCUGCUUGGGGAAGGAAUAACAUCUACAAAACUGAAGUGAAGCGUCAGAUUGAUAAAAAGAGCUUAGCUAUAGAGAGCAGUAAGAGCUUAGCAUGUCAGGGGUAUAUACAGGGAUACUUUCAUGUACAAAACCAAGAAGGGAGUGGUUGCCUUUGUGUACUUGGGUUUCAUGUGGACCGUUGCCUAAGUAAGGUUUGCCCCCACUAAUGUCCUUUUCAUGUUAAGUUUUCCAGCUUGGACAGAAACUGGAGUGGUUUGUGUUUCUUCUUACCAAGGUUUUCAUGUAUUUGAGUAUAUGGUCAAUCAUCUGGUUUCCUUUAAAUCCAAAAUGGGGUUGAUGGUUAAUAUAGGAAUGAAGAAAAAUUCUGUUGCUCUCAUGGUGUGUGUGGGGGUGGGGAAUGUAUUGGCCAGGUAUGACUUUUUACUGGGGAAAGAACAGAAUUUCAGACUCCCUUAUUUUAGGUACCAGAGCUGAGCUCUUUCCCUGGGCUGCCUGAGCAGUUUUUUGUUGAACAUUUUACUGUAUGCACAGAUUUACUGUAAAUACAGAUUUUGGGGGGGUUAUUCAUUCACUGCUUCCCUUUUUGUGCCUUUAAGGCUUCUGAAUGCUAUUUAUUAUUCAACCUUCUCCAGGCAGGUGUGCCUCUAUUUUUAAAGAAUAAAUAGCAUUGUUUUGGGCCAUUGAAAGCCUUUCAAAUUAUUUAUAUAUUUUUAUGCAAUUUAAGUGUUUAACAGGAUAAAAUAUUCAGGUCCAGAACCGAAUGAAAAGUUAAACUGUUAUACAGACUGGUAAUAACUCUGACAAGGCCCAACUGAAGAAUGGGAAAAGUGGGAACAUUGGGUGGUCUUGGAUUAAAAUUAAUACUCCUCUUAAGCCACAAGUUGGCCCCCAGUAUGAGCCAGCUCUCUGUAUGCAUGUGGACGGUGCAGUGGCUUGGUUGCAUCAAUCUGAUUAGUAUAGCAGUCAUCAGUUUCCUUCAGUAUUUUGAAAUAAAGCAUUGCCACCUGA